CCCCUCCGCCAGCGUCUGGGCCUCAGCCCCUUCUCUCUGUCUCCCUCUCCUCCCCCAUCUGGUACCCCGACACUGACACCCCGUUACUCCCGCCGUCUCUUCAGUCCCAGCCUUGCUCCCCAACCCGCGCCAGCCGAGGAUUUGCCUCCAGGCCACCCCCAACUUUGCAGCGGGCCCCCCAGGGCUGCCGAGGACUAUGACUAAGACAGAUCCUGCCCCGAUGGCCCCUCCGCCCCGGGGGGAGGAGGAAGAAGAGGAGGAAGAGGACGAGCCGGUUCCAGAGGCCCCCAGCCCCACCCAGGAGCGCCGGCAGAAGCCGGUUGUGCACCCCUCAGCACCCGCUCCGCUCCCCAAGGACUACGCUUUCACCUUUUUCGACCCCAAUGACCCUGCCUGCCAGGAAAUUCUGUUUGACCCGAAGACUACCAUCCCAGAGCUGUUCGCCAUCGUCCGCCAGUGGGUGCCGCAAGUCCAGCACAAGAUAGACGUCAUUGGCAAUGAGAUUCUGCGUCGUGGCUGCCAUGUGAAUGACCGUGACGGGCUCACGGAUAUGACCCUGCUCCACUAUGCGUGCAAGGCUGGGGCCCACGGAGUCGGGGACCCUGCGGCCGCGGUGCGUCUCUCACAGCAGCUGUUGGCGCUGGGCGCAGACGUGACCCUGCGCAGCCGCUGGACCAACAUGAACGCGCUUCACUACGCAGCCUAUUUCGACGUGCCCGACCUCGUGCGCGUGCUUCUGAAGGGGGCGAGGCCCAGGGUGGUGAACUCCACCUGCAGCGACUUCAACCACGGCUCAGCUCUGCACAUCGCCGCCUCGAAUCUGUGUCUGGGCGCCGCCAAGUGCUUACUGGAGCAUGGCGCCAACCCAGCGCUGAGGAAUCGAAAGGGACAGGUGCCAGCGGAAGUGGUCCCAGACCCUAUGGACAUGUCCCUUGACAAGGCCGAGGCGGCCCUGGUGGCCAAGGAACUUCGGACGCUGCUAGAGGAGGCCGUGCCACUGUCCUGCACCCUUCCCAAAGUCACACUCCCCAACUAUGACAACGUCCCGGGCAAUCUCAUGCUCAGUGCGCUGGGCCUGCGUCUGGGAGAUCGCGUGCUGCUGGACGGCCAGAAGACGGGCACACUGCGGUUUUGCGGGACCACAGAGUUCGCCAGCGGCCAGUGGGUGGGUGUGGAACUAGACGAACCGGAAGGCAAGAACGACGGCAGUGUUGGGGGUGUCCGGUACUUCAUCUGCCCUCCCAAGCAGGGUCUCUUUGCUUCUGUGUCCAAGGUCUCCAAGGCAGUGGAUGCACCCCCCUCAUCUGUGACCUCCACACCCCGGACUCCCCGGAUGGACUUCUCCCGAGUAACUGGCAAAGGCCGGAGGGAACACAAAGGGAAGAAGAAGUCCCCAUCUUCCCCAUCUCUGGGCAGCCUGCAGCAGCGUGAAGGGGCCAAGGCUGAAGUUGGAGAUCAAGUCCUCGUAGCAGGCCAGAAGCAGGGGACCGUGCGCUUCUAUGGGAAGACGGACUUUGCUCCAGGUUACUGGUACGGCAUCGAGCUGGACCAGCCCACAGGCAAACAUGACGGCUCUGUGUUCGGCGUCCGGUACUUCACCUGCGCCCCUCGACAUGGCGUCUUUGCACCAGCUUCUCGAAUCCAGAGGAUUGGUGGAUCCACCGAUCCCCCUGGAGACAGUGUUGGAGCCAAAAAAGUGCAUCAAGUGACAAUGACACAGCCCAAACGCACCUUCACGACAGUCCGGACCCCAAAGGACAUUGCAUCAGAGAACUCUAUCUCCAGGUUACUCUUCUGCUGCUGGUUCCCCUGGAUGCUGAGGGCGGAGAUGCAGUCCUAGAGGCCCUGGAGCCCCUACAAAGAGACAGAGUCCCCUCUAGCAUCUCCUGACACAAGGAGCCCCCAGUCACCCCCAGAUAGCGAUUCCCAGUGACACCUCCAGAAUAGAAACCCCCUGUUAGCCAGCCCUCGAGUCCUGAGGUCCCAUUAUUAACAGAUCUCCCAUGACAGCUCCCCAAAUACAGACCUCAUGUUACCCCCAAAGAUUCCCUGAGUAGCACCUUCAGGCUAAUUCCUGUGCCCCACCCCUCAGAGCAGAUGUCCCCCAAUAAAUAUUUCCACGUCACCCAAGUGAUGCCGACCCUCGCCAUAACAGGACACUCUUGAGUUCCUCACCAGUGGAUGGGAGUCCCAUGAAUGAAGACCCCACCCCUCCCCCUUCUCCUUAAGCAUAGGCCAUAUCUCCCGGAUAGCCCACAUCACUUUCCCUGUUUCAACAUCAGUCUCCUCAAGAUGUCGUGACCCCAAGGUCACCUGAAAGCCCUUAUCAGAGAUGCCCCCCCAUUCACUAAGUCCCUGUUCUCACCCCCCCAAAGAAGACACCCACUUAACCAGCCCAGUCACCCCAAUUUGCAAACACCAAACAGUCCUGGAAGCAUGAAUUGCAGGACACCAAGUCUUCCUGCCCCCUUGAGAAACCCCCAGUGCCUUGUAUGAAGCCCACCCACGUGGCCCACAAUCUCUGUGCUGGCCAAGGCUCCCAGAAAAUUCUCUAUUUUUUAAAGUAAUAACUUCCCCCUUGGGGGGAGCCCCCAAAUUUGGAGACCCCGCUCUAGAACUCUGGGGAGUUCAAAUUCCAGAGAGAAUAUAUAUUAUAUAUAUCCCUAAUUCCCCAGGCCUUCAAGUCCUCUGAUCCUUAGAAAACCCCCAAUUUCUAAUUCCCAGGACUCCCCCUACCCAAGUCACAGAAUCUUCAAAUCCCCAGGGAAUCCCAAAUUUAAGACCCCAAUCCCAAACCCUCAGGAAACCACCCAACCACGAGGUCCAUGGGAGCGGGAGGAAGGAACCUGUUGCCAGGAGAAGGCCCCAGGCUCUUAGGGCAUCUCAAACCUGACUCCCAGGCACCAGGAGACCCCAGACAGCAAGUCCCAUCUCUGGGACAAGAAUAGAUGACUAAUGCCCUCAGUCCAUGGAUCUUCUGAUCUCCCAAACUCCAAAUUCCACGGGCCCCAGCCUCAAGGGAACCCCCGAUUCCCAAAUCUCUGAUUCUUAAUACGUGCAGGGCCCCAGGGUUCUACCAGGACCCCAAGUCUUGGAGUCCCUAUUUCAAUCUACCUUCCGGUCACAGGUCCGAGACCCUAAAUCUGAGUCAUUGCCCCCAAGGACCUCACAAGCACCUGGGCCAGACCAACAGCCUGAGGGAGAACCCGAAGGCCCCAUGGGUCCAGAGCAGACCUGGGGCCCCCGACCACCAAGAACAGCUCACGACUGCCCCUUCACUGCAUGUCCCUAAACUCAGCAUGACUCCUGUCCUCUUCAAUAAAGACGUUUCUA